AGCCUGAAGCUGGCACACUACAGGCAGAGUUGUAGAGAGAGCAUGUUUCCUCAGUAGCCUGGAGAGCCACAUUGGAAGACUGGAUUUACUAACAUACCAUUUCAUAGCAGUUGUCUCCAUUUAGUUUCAUUCCCAGUCAAGAAUCAAGAUGCCGAAGAUCAUAAGGCCUGAUGAUAGUCAACCAGCCAAAACUUUGUGGUUUGACCGGAAGAAGUAUGUCACGAUAACUUUCAUGGUGCAGAAAAGCAAGGAUCUUGUGGUGGACAUACAGGAUGACAAAAUGAUUCUGAGCUGCAAAACAGGAGAUGACAUCAACAUCUACAAUGAGAUUUACUUCUACGAUAAGAUACAGAAAUUUGACUCCAGAGAGAAGCAGUAUGACCGCACCAUCAACGUCAUGCUGAGGAAGGUGAAGGAGAACGUCGCAUGGCCCCGCUUGACCAAAGACACAGCUAAGCCCAGUUGGCUGGCAGUGGACUUUGACAACUGGAGAGACUGGGAACAGGAGGAGGAUGAAGGCAUGGCGGAGUACGAGCACUAUAUGGACAUGCUGCAAGAUAUGUCCAAAAAGGGUGAAGCCCCGGUGAUGGAUGACCUUGAUGAUCUGGAUGAUGACUGAGGUUCAAAACAUGAAGAAGGUUUAUUCCCAAUUUGAUAUCUUGGAAAAAGGAUUCUGCAAGGAGACAAAAUAAUUUGUGAUAUAAUGUUUCAUACCUUUCUCAGUAUAAUUUGAAAAAAUGUAAUUGUUUGUAAAGAAUCACAUUGCUUGUUGAGA